UGCUCUGAAUUGGUGUGAAAGGCCCGCUGGCAAGGGGAAGGGUCCUAGAUUAUGGACUUGCUCUGUAAACUUCGGGGUUUAGGUCACGAUCAGCGGAAGGGGUUCCUCAUACCUUCUCAACACAAGCCUCACUGUCUGCGCAGCACACUUCGCCAAUUCGAGUCACAGUAGGACUCGGCUUCUCAUCCGAGUUCUUGAAGGCGUCAACAGUCCACAAGACGACUCAAAUGCCACAGUCCUGGAGGAAGCUUGCCGCUGAGAAGCGAGCGAUUCGCGACCAGAAGCUUGCAAAAGCAUACAAAGCCCUGGCCGAUGAUGAUGCUCUCGAAGAUCUGAUCUUCUCCGCUCGAGACGUACAGGGCCUGGUCAAGCUGUUGGGAAAUCACCAGGUCUCGGCAGAGAAUGUGAUUCUCGCUCACAUCAACAAAGCCAAGAUUGCGCAGGAGCAAACAAAUUGCUUGACCGAGAUCUGUUUUGAUGAUGCCCUGGAACAAGCGAGAGAGCUUGAUAAGUUCCAGAAAGAGCACGGUCGUCUAAAAGGUCCCCUCCAUGGCGUACCAAUCUCUCUAAAAGAUCAAUUCGACCUCCAGGGACUGGACUCAACGCUCGGUUACGUUGGUCGUUCUUUCGAGCCCGCCAAAUCUGAUUGCGUCCUUGCUGAAGUCCUCCAAAGGCUUGGCGCCAUCAUCAUCUGCAAAACAAACCUACCGCAGAGUAUCUUGUGGUGCGAGACGGACAACAAUCUCUGGGGACUGACCACACACCCCAGUGACCCGGAUUUCACACCUGGCGGCUCCUCUGGAGGAGAGGCAACUCUCUUACACUUCAAGGGGUCGUUCAUCGGCUGGGGAACUGACAUCGGUGGCUCCAUUAGAAUCCCAAGCCAUAUGAAUGGCCUCUGGGGUCUGAAGCCCAGCAGUGACAGAUUCUCUUAUAGAGGCGUCGCAGUAUCUCAAGAUGGCCAAUGCCAAAUACCCUCGUCCGUAGGACCCAUAGCGCGUACACUUCCCUCCCUAACCUUGGCUACCAAGGCCGUCAUCGAUGCCGAAAGCUGGAAGCUUGAUCCCAGAGUGCCUCCAAUCUACUGGAAGCAGGAUGUGUACGAGGCCUUUUCUGAAAGAACUCUCGUCGUUGGGAUCAUGGGAGACGACGGCAGGGUCAAGCCUCAUCCACCUGUGGAUCGAGUGUUCAAGGACCUUUGUGAGAAGCUCAAGGCCGCUGGACACGAGCUUGUGCCUUGGGAUCCAAGCAUGAAUGCCAGGUGCAUUGAGCUAAUGGAUGAACACUAUCUCGUGGACGGUGGUGAGGAUAUUCGCUCCGACGUCGUCUCAAGCGGCGAACCCUUCCUACCACAUGUUGAAGCACUUGUCAACCGCGCGAAGCCUGUCUCCGUGUAUGAUUACUGGCAGCUUAACAAGCGCAAGAUUGCCGCUCAACAGGCGUACCACGAGAUGUGGAACAAUGCACAAUCAGCCUCCAACCGUCCUGUUGAUGUCCUUCUGGUACCAACCAUGCCGCACACCGCGAUGCCGCACAGGACGUGCCGCUGGACAGGCUAUACGAAGCUAUUCAACUUUCUGGACUACACUGCGCUAUCCUUCCCUGCAGGUACUGCGAGCAAGGCGCUGGAUAUCAAGGCACCUGACUAUGAACCGAGAGACGAGCUGGAUAAGUGGAACUGGGACCAAUAUGAUGCUGAGAAGAUGGAUGGCUUUGCAGUUGGUAUACAGAUUGUCGGUCGCAGGUUAGAUGAGGAAAAGGUGUUAGGUGUGGCCCAGCAGAUACAGUCUUUGCUAUAGAGGACAAACGGAAGUUC